UUGGGUGGUUUUUGUUUAUUGUGGAGAAUAUUGAAAUCUGUUUACAAUGAUGUAAUGAGAGAAGACGUUUGCAGACGUUUUAUGUCAAUCUGUUCGUAUUCUUAAUCAUUAACAUCAUGGAAGAUUACGAGGGAACAAUAUAUGAUAUUAUCCGUACCAUCAAAGAUCCUGAAAAACCUGGUUCUUUAGAAGACUUGGACGUUGUUUAUGAGGAAGGUGUAUCUGUAAAGACAUCAGAGAACCACAGAUGUAAUGUGGAAGUUAAAUUCAGGCCAACGAUCAAGCACUGUUCAUUGGCCACUUUGAUAGGACUGUGUCUCCAUGUUAAACUACAACGUACUUUACCAACCACUCAUAAAAUAAGAGUUUUUGUAAAGGAAGGAUCCCAUAACACAGAAGAUGAAGUUAACAAGCAAAUUAAUGAUAAGGAACGGAUUGCUGCAGCAAUGGAAAAUCCUAACAUUAGAAAAAUGGUUGAGAACUGCAUUAAGGAACCAGACUAAUGAGAGAUCAGUUGCUUUUGGUUUGUCACUGUGCUGUGGUUCCUUUGUUCAGGUUGUGCAGUAUUUAAUGAACCUUCUUUUCCAUAUCGAUAAAAACAAAUUGAAGCUUGCAUUUAUGUGAACAGUUGGAUAGAACUAGGUGUUCUACCAAACCUCUAAUUUUUUUUUAAUAUUUUAAACAAAAGUAGGAUUUUAGGUUCUGUCUUUAAAUGCGUAUUUGUAAUCAAAUGAUACAAAUUGAGCAAAAGUGUUUUAUUGCACUAAGAUAUACCAGAUACCUAAUUGUAUGUAUUGCCAACUAAACAAGACAUUGCUUUAAUUAACUUUCACACACCGUGACUCUAACAAUUACUACAAAUUUCAACAAUUUUAAAUUCAUUCUACUUAGUGUGUGCAAUAAAUUAUUUUCAGCAAAUAUUAUCAACUGCUUUUGUCAAUGGCA